UAAUGAACACGUCUGUUCACAGAGAAGGUGUCUGUUUAUUCUGCUGCUGAUCAACUCAUCUUAACACAUCAACUGGUUUUAAGACUAAAGUGUUUUAGUUUCAGCUGCAGAAAUCCUGUUUCCAGUCUGAGAUGAAGAACGACCGCCUGAAUCUGAUGGCAGCUCUGUCUGAGAGCGUGUUGGCAGUCAACAUGUUACUGAGUGUCUUCUUUCUUCCAGGUGCUUUGGCUGAUUGCAAAAAACCAGGCCUCAGAAUCACUGCACCAAAGAAGAUUGAAGCUCUGAGUGGAUCUUGUCUGCAAAUCCCAUGUAGCUUUAAUACAGAGGACAAAACAUUGAACAACAGCAGAACUAUCUAUGGAGUUUGGACGAAAAAUAACCACAAUUUUGGCCACAGUCCAAACGUUGUUAUUUUCAACAGCAGUGGGUCAGUAAACACCUUUUCACUGAAUAUUAUUGGAAACCUGACAGAGAGAAACUGCACCACUCUGUUUCCUGAUUUAAAGACAAGUUUUACAGACAGAUACUUCUUCAGAGUUGAGAAUGGGGACUACAGAGCAACAGCUUGUGCUGAUCCUGUUCACAUAACAGUUAAAGAUUCUCCUUGGAGUCCUAGCAUUAACAUUUCUAUUGCUGAUCUGAAGGAGCAUCAGUCUGUCACUAUCAGCUGCUCAGCUUUGACUCCCUGUCCACACUCACCUCCUGAACUCACCUGGAAUCUCCAACAAGACUCUCACAGACAAACAGAGAAAAACACAGAGGGAACCUUUACAACUAAAAUCCAGGAGACCAUCACUCUGUCAGACACACAUGAUGGAUACAACAUCAGCUGUUCUGCCACAUAUCCUGUGAAUGGAGGAAGCAAGACAGCAGAGACAGAAGUGACUCUCAGUGUUUCAUAUGCUCCUAAAGACACCUCAGCAUCCAUCAGUCCAUCAGGUUUGGUGUCAGCAGGUAGCUGGGUGGAGCUGAGCUGCUCCAGCAGAGCCAAGCCUCCUGCCAGCUUCACCUGGUUCAGGAACAGCAAACAUGGAGCCAUUAAUGUAUCUGUGGGGCAGGUUUACAGCUUCAAUGCUACUGAGGGAGGAGAGUAUUACUGUGAGGCUACAAAUGAUCUGGGUAAUCAGACAUCAUCAGUGAUCCUUCUUGGUGGAGGUAAUUAG